AUGUUUCGCCGCUUUGGACAUGGGAGUUCAAGUUUGUGGAGAGCUAAAAAUGUUUUUACGGUCGAAUAUCUAAAGUAAGGCAGUGUUUGUUGUUGUUUUUAUCGAUUUAGAUACCUUCACGGAGUGUUGGUGAAGCAUGAGAAGAUCACGGAAGGAAACAAGGCUGUUUUGGUUGAAGCGGUUAGACUUUGCACUGAGAUUCUGAUUUGGGGAGAUCAAAAUGACAGCACGAUAUUCGAGUAAGUGUAAUAUUGGUUUAUUGUUAUGAAUUUUAGUUUCUUCUUGGAAAAACAAAUGUUUACGCAUUUUGUGGGUAUUGUAAGACAGAGUACGAGUAAUUAUGUCAACGUUCAAUUGCUACAGACAUUGAAUAUUUUGUUUGAAAACAUUCGCAAUGAAACUGCCUUGUGUAAGUUAAAGUUAAUGUUUUAAUGGCUAAUAAUGAAGGGUUUUUGCUAAUCUUCUUUGUCACAGUUACGAAUACUUAAUUUUCCUAUUUUUUCAUCACAAAUUCGAACUAUAUUUCAGAUUAUUUACUGAGUAACAAUCAUGUAAACCACAUACUAACUCAUCAAUUCGACUUUCGCAAUGAAGAAGUUUUAUCCUAUUAUGUGUCGUUCCUCAAAGCAUUGUCUUUCAAAUUGAAUCCCAAUACUGUACAUUUUUUCUUCAAUGAAGUGAGUUUUAAAUUUUAAAGGUUUCGUAUGAUAAUGAUGUUAUUGACCUUUAGUCAACGCAUGAAUUCCCUUUAUUUACUGAAGCACUGAAGUUCUAUGAUCAUCCAGAGAGUAUGGCACGGAUUGCUGUUAGAACUUUGACUUUGAACGUGUUUAGGGUAAGUUUUGGCUUUUUUAUCAGUAUUAUCUUAUGAUAAAAAGUUUAGAAAUUUUUAUUACCUAAAAUUUUAAAAUAUUUUUUUAAAACGUCUACUGGUAUUAUAUAUGGUGAUGAAACACAUUGUAAAACGUAUUUUAGGUAGAUGAUCCAUCUAUGAUGAAAUUCGUCACCAGCCGAGCUCAAGAUUAUUUUGGAAAGUUGGCCAAGAUUGUGGCCAAACAAAUCAUUGAAAUGGACACUUUUGCUCGCUCGGCUUUAAAUGAAGCCACGAAUCGUGAUCGGCUGAUGACAAUGAUUGACAAUCAUCUAGAUAACAUACAUUACAUUAAUGAUGUUCUUAUGAUACAAAAGGAGGAGUUGGUAGGUUAAUAUUCUGCAUUAGGUUAUUAAUGUCUAUACUGUUAUUUAAAAUUUUUAAAGGUAAAAUACGUUGUAGGUUUUUUUUAAUGUUUGUAGGUAAAAUAGAAGAAGAGUAAAUUCAAUUUUAUAUGAAAAAUCAGGACAAAUCAAAAAAUUGUUACCUAAAAAAUAUCUUUUUUAGAAUUCCUUGCUAAUCAACAGCAUAAUGUACUUCGUAGUAGGCCCAUUGUAUAUGGCAUCCUUGGCUUCGCUACGAGACACUAGUAAUACUAUAUUGUUGUCUAAAGUCAGUUCACUUUUCCUGUUAAAUCAGCUGUUUCUUAUCAUUCAUUCGCCUGAUAUAGUACAAUCAGUACUAACGUCUUUGUUCUUUGGCGACGAAAAUGAUGUCAGAUCACUGUGGAAUCGAUCCGUGGAGAAGGGAUUGUUUUUGGAUUUGAGAAACUUGACUGACGACCCGGAAGAGCGGUAGGAAUUUAAAAAUUUUGGAAUUUCAAAAAAAUUUUUUGAAAUUUUUUAAAAUUUGAAAAAAUAACAGAAAAUUUAUUUUUCUAAUUUCUAAACAUUUUUCCUUCCAGAGUCUUCUUCUACGCCCAUCUGAGCUCUCUAGUAGAACAGAACGACGAUCACUGUACCUUCUAUGCCUUGCUAUUGAUCUAUACGAUUUGUCAGAACAGAGGUAAGUCAAACAUACUAUAACUGAUUUUAACUUAUAAUACAGAUGUAUAUCUAUACUCAACCGCCAGCAAAGGUACGGUAAGAGUGUCGUACAGUGUUUGCUUAUUAAUAUUGUCUUGGUGAUGUUGUAGUUGAUUUUGGUGAUGUUGUAUUGGUUUUUUGGUGUUUCUGAGGGUUAUAUUGCCAAAAAUAAGAUGGUUUUUGUGGGUUCAAAGGUCAUUUUUAUUUUUUUUUCGAAUUUUUAGCUUUUCAACCAAAAUUUGAUAAGAGGAAUAAAAACAUAAAAUCACUUUUAAAAGUUUUUUUUCAUGCCGGGGCAAGGCGAACCGAACCGUAUUUUACAUUAUUUUUCAUCCAGGAGUAAGUCAAGAUAUAUUGGAGGCGGCUCAGAUUCCGUUGGAAAAGAAAAGUGCACGUUGUGAUCCAUUAUUGGCUUCGCAUUUGUUGAAAGUUCUACGCAAGUGUGUUGUAAAAGGUAUGAAAUUAAUGCUUAUCUUGACUUUUUACACUAUUUUUGAUUUUAAAAUUUAAAAUUUUUACUUUUUUAAGCUAAAAUUUUAAAUAUUAGACUGUUCAAAUAAUUCUGUGCUUCCUUUCCAAGCAAAUUUGCAGGAUUAGGGGACACAUAGUUAUUUUAACAAUCUAAUAUUUUAUUUUUUAACUCGAAAAGUUUCAAAAAAUUGAAAAAAAUCGAGCUUUUGUCUAAAAAUGCCAUUUUUGAUAUGAAUUUAAAACCGAAUUUGAAAAUUUUGGUAAAGUAUUACUUUCCAGACACCCCUCUCCGCUCAGUAACCAUCGACCUAUGUUGUAUCGUACUACGAGGCCUGGUACUGGCCCUAGAAGCCGAUGAUGAGUUCCACAGAGAAAUUGAGGCCAAUAUUGAUGACAUUUUGACACAACUCGGAGCCAAACUCCGCGAUGUUGAUAACGAAAUGUACUUGGAAAUGUUCGAGGAAGAACACUACCGAUUUGAGUCAACAACAAUACGAAUCAAUAAUUUGGCAUCAGAGCCGGCACUUUAUUUACCACCGAGUACUAGUGCUGUUAGUAAUGUACCGUUAAGUCAAAGGGCGCCUUGUGGAAAUGAUGAGAAGAUUAGGAGGGUAAGGGUUGAUUUUGAGGUUUGAGGAACUUCAUAGGACUUCGCAAAGGGGGGGGGGAUUGUACAAUAAAUUUGGUUUUUUUACUUUCAGAGCCUACAAUUCUACUUUAUCUUACGCAAAUUCUCCUUGGACCUCCAAAGCCUCCCGGAACCCAUAUUACCUCUGUCGUCCAAGGUUCGAACUCUGGCCGAAAUCAAUGAUUGUAUCAACUUAAGUGAGUUUUUUUUCUUUAAUUUCUUUGGGCCUUGUGUAAUAGUUUUGAAUAAAACAACGCUUAAGGUACUUGAAAAAGCAAUUUUUAAGCAAUUGAAAAGCUCGCGUAUUUUACAAAAUUUUCAAAUCAAGAAUUUAUUUUUAGAUAACAGUGACCUUCUGGCCUGCACUGUCUUUCAGAACAACGAAGAACAUCCUCGGUUUUUGGUGACCGACCAAUUUCAACUGAUUCUGGUCGAACCUGACAGCCGAAAACUGGGGUGGGCCGUGGUUUGCUUUGCGGGAUUGUUGCAGGCAAGUUUUUCUUUGUUUUUACUCUAAAUUUAUAUUAUUCAUGACAAAAAUAUGAUUUUGAAAUUUUGACUUUCGGAUUUUUUAGGUAACAAAUUUGAAUUUUUAGGCAAUAAAAGGUUUUUAAGGAUUUUUUGAUUUUUAGGUAACAAAAUUGAAGUUUUAGGUAAUAAAAAGGUUUUGAAAAAAAAGUUGAUUUUUAGAUAACAAAUUUGAAUUAUUAGGUGAUAAAAAUAUUUUGGAAAAUUUUUUGAUUUUUAGGUAACAAAUUUGAAUUUAUAGGUGUUAAGAAGAGUUUUGAGGAAAAAAGUUCAUUGAAUUAAAAAUUUCAGGACACGCACGUUACGGGUGAUCAGAACGACAGCAGAGCCUUGCACGUCGUUGUAGAGGACGUGAAAUCACGGGUCAAAGCCAAAUCUCAACCACAAUUCAGUGCCAAACUAGUCUUCGACGAUCAUAUCAGGUGUAUGGCCGCGAAGCAACGGCUGGGAAAGGUAAAAUACGCUUGAUCCAUUAAGGGUGAGAAAGGGCAGGCCUUCACUACCGGGCUGUCCCUGAGCUAAAGUUGACACGAGCCGGGCUUAAAAGUUGGACCGGCCCUAAAAAAUGGCUCAUCCCCUGGAUGAGCCAUUUUUUAGAGAGAGACUUAUCUAAAAUUUGCUCUCCUAAUUAUUUUUUUCUAUUUUGUUAAAGCUUGAUGCAAAAAGAAUGGCGCAUUAAGGAAUUUUAUCUUUAUUUUCAUUAAAGUUCGAAAUUUUUACAAAACGCCUUUUCAGGGCCGAAAACGUUCCCGCCAAUUCAAACUGAAUCUCAUCGCCGAGCUCUUCGGCGGCCAGUCGGCCAACGACGAGAAAGCCAUCCCCCUAUCACCAAAUCCAGUCAAAAAUCACCGCGCCCUCACUCCCGGCUCGGUCCUCGCCGUGCCACACUCAAAGUCAAGCAGCGCUAGUCUAUGUUCGGAUCCACAGGUACCAGAAGACCCUUUAAUGAGCCCCAAAGGCUCCAUCAAACAUAUAUAG